CUUUUUAAUCGCUGAAAAAGGAAAGAUUUCAAACACUUAAGUGGUGUUGGGUUGCAAAAAAGCGUUGGUUUAAAAAAAGAAAGCAAGAGCAGUGGAUGUCCCGGUGUUAAACUUUAGGAUGGACGACCACAAAGGAAAGGUGUUUCUAAUCACCGGUGCCAGCUCUGGUAUUGGGGAGGGCAUUGCCGUCCUUCUCGCAAAAUGCGGAGCAAGUUUGUCAUUGACGGGAAGAAAUGAGAACAAGUUAGAGGCUGUAAAGGAAAAAUGUCUGAAGGAGGGUUUAACACCGGAGAAAAUACUGUUGUCCGUGGGUGACAUUACAUCCAGAGAUUAUAGAAGGUCAUUAGUGGAUCAAACAAUAAAACAGUUUGGAAAGCUUGAUGUUCUGGUAAAUAAUGCUGGAAUGGCAAAGUCCAUGGAUAUAUCAAUGGAAACAGAAGAAAACUUUGAUGAAAUUAUGAACGUCAACAUAAAGUCGGCAUACUUCCUUACCCAGCUGGCUAUACCACAUCUGAAGGCUACGAAGGGCUGCAUCAUCAACAAUUCAAGUGUACUUUCAACCACUGUCCUCCCGGAUGUAUCUGGAUGUUGUUCUUACAGUAUGUCCAAAGCAGCAAUGGAUGCAUUCACCAGAAAUUUAGCUAUUGAAUUAGCACCCUUUGGAAUUCGGGCAAAUAGCGUAAGACCAGGAAUUACAAGAAGUAAUCUCGCUAGAUAUAGUAUACCAGACGAAGAAUUACUGAAUAAGGUGAUGGCAACAUCUGAAAAAGCAAAUCCUUCUGGACGGAAUGGUGAGCCGGAAGAUGUUGCCAAUGCAGUCUCAUUCUUGGCCUCUGACAAAUCAUCAUACAUAACUGGACAGGACAUUGUUAUUGAUGGCGGACGUUUUAUCCGAUAUUAGUUACAUUGCUUUCACAAUAUUAUGCCAUGGAUGCUUCACAUUGAAUUCUACUUACGAUACAAAAUACACAGACUAUUCUUUUUAUAGCACUGACUUUGCACCAUUGAAAUUCGUGUAUACAAUAAUGAAUAAUUCAGCUCAGAUAUAUACUGGUAUGCACAUUUAGUGUUAAUUUGUUUUACGUUAAACUCUUUUGAUUUCUAAUACGUACUAUCCUGCAUUUUGGAAACUCCUACACAUUGUGUUCUAAGAAGGGAUUAGUUACUUUAAAGAAGAGGGCUUAGCGCCUUGACGUUCACAUGAGUAUAAUGUAACACAAUAAAGGAUCCAUAGUUCGAAUAUGAAAUAAGCUGAUAAAUGAAGCUGUGUUGCCCAAAAAGCAAGAGAAAUAGAAUGACCAGGGAUCAGCAAAAUAAUUAAUUUUAUGCCCUGCCACAAAACUAAAUGUUGAUCUAAUUACUGCUUAUGUCUGUACUUGCCCCAUUUGUUACUAUCCCCAUGCGGGCUAAUGAAACAAUAGUUCUUGAGCUCUUUAAUAAACCAAUCUCAUUCCCUCCUAAAUUGUUCUCUCUUAGUCUUCGAAGAACAAUUAAUGUACAAAGAUGUUACUUUUGUCCCAUUUUUAUUUAUCUAUUGUCUGAAAGUCUACUUGACCAUUAAUAAAUAUGAAACUACUUUUUAUUAGAUAUUAUAAAAAUUAUUGUAUAAUUAUGUUAUUCAGCAGACAUCAAUUGCUUCAUUUACAAUGAUUAAUUAUCAUAGGUGAAUAAUUAAGGAGAAUAACAUCUUUCCGUAUAAUACAAAUUAUUAGAUUGACCACGUGGUGCAGAAUUUCAAAAAUCUGAUAAAAAUACGCUUGCUUAUUACAACUUUAUAUACUGAUUGUUUUCAAGAUGCCCAGGAACAGAGAAGAAAUUUUUUAAAUAAAUAAUGCAUUUAAUUAUAGACUCAACAAAGCCCCCCCCCCUUUACACCAGAUCUCCUGACAAAGAGGCCACGAAAUUCACAAUUUUGAAAAAAGCUCCCUUGCUGCUAAAUUCCCAGGAGAAGAGAAUUAAAUUUUCAAGGAAAUAAUGCAUUUUUCAGACCCCCAUCCACCUGAACCCCUGACCCAGGUGCAAUAAUUUUGGAAGAAGCACCAGUUAUAUUAAUGUGAAGUUAGUUAUAUAAGCAGGUUGACCUCUGGUAAUUAAUCAGAAAGGAUAUGUACAUAUUUUGAAAAGUUAAUACAUCUAACAAGACUAAUAUUAUGAUAAAUAAUUUUGUGCUUGAUUAAUGAUAGUUAUCUUCAUAUUUGAUAUUAGAAUUGAUAACAGUAUAAUCGGACCAUUUGGAAAAAUAAUGCUUAUGAACAAUAUGCUACGUUGAAUAUAAUAAUUUAACAUUUAGGCUUACAAUUACAAUGGAAUUACUUGAAAAUUAAGGUUGAAAUAUAUUCAAUAAAUAUCGAAGAAUGCAAA